AUGUCGAAAGUGGUCACCUUGCUAGGUGCCACGGCGCUAACUGCCAGUGUUGUUGGCGGGUACAUGCUAUUCACAGGCCAAGGCGAACAGUUUAAUGUUGGUCACUUUCUCAUGACGCAGUCUCCGUAUAUGUGGGCCCUUUUGGGAAUCGCCCUGUGUGCUGGUCUCUCGAUUGCGGGCGCUGCUUGGGGCAUUUUCAUUUCGGGCACCAGUAUUUUGGGUGCCGGUGUCAAGGUACCGCGAAUUACUACCAAAAAUCUUAUUUCCAUUAUUUUCUGCGAGGUUGUUGCCAUCUACGGCUUGAUUAUGGCGAUCGUUUUCUCAUCUAAGCUCACCGUCGCGGAGCCGGCGAACCUGUACUCGAAAGAAAAUCUCUACACAGGCUAUGCACUAUUCUGGGCCGGCACCACAGUUGGCUUGGCCAAUCUCAUCUGUGGCGUGUCUGUUGGUGUCACGGGUGCGACGGUGGCCAUUUCCGAUGCAGCGGACCCCAGCCUGUUUGUCAAGAUCCUGGUUAUCGAGAUUUUCGGAUCGAUUUUAGGACUGUUUGGGCUAAUUGUCGGCUUGUUAAUGUCCGGCAGUGCGGCUGAGUUCUCGUAG